AAACAGAAAGAAUCCUCAGAGGCACUCUUUCUCCUUUAUUGCAAUGAAACACCACUCAUUGUCAUCUAAAUGGCUUCUUUUGGUUUUUCUCACACACUCAACUUAUUUUACUGCAACGCACACGUUAACGAUUCCAAGGUUAAGUCCAGUUGCUGAAUGGGAAACCACAAUACGCGACCCUGCAGUUGCAAUCGACAAAGACAAAAUCAAAACAUUUUACUACAAGCAGAUUCUUGAUCACUUCAAUUAUAGGCCAGAAAGCUACACAACAUUUCAACAAAGAUAUCUCAUAAAUUUCGAGUACUGGGGUGGUGCCAAUUCAAGUGCCCCCAUAUUUGCAUACUUUGGUGCAGAAGCACCAAUAGAUAAUUCCCCUAACACCAUUGGAUUUUUGGUUGAUAACGCUGCUUCCUUUAAUGCCCUCUUAGUAUAUAUAGAGCACCGGUAUUAUGGGAGAUCGGUACCAUUUGGAUCCAGGGAAGAAGCAUUGAAGAAUGGAAGCACUAUUGGGUAUUUCAACUCAGCUCAAGCCAUAGCAGAUUAUGCAGCAAUCCUCAUACAUAUAAAGAAGAAAUUACACACCCACAAUUCCCCUGUGAUUGUAAUUGGAGGAUCAUAUGGUGGAAUGCUUGCUUCAUGGUUUAGGCUCAAAUAUCCUCACCUGGCCGUUGGUGCCCUGGCCUCAUCAGCACCAAUCCUCUACUUUGAUAAUAUUACACCACAAAAUGGCUACUACUCUGUUGUUACAAGGGAUUAUCGAGAAGCUAGUGAGACUUGCUAUGAAACUAUACAAAAGUCCUGGUCUGAAAUCCACAGAGUAGCUUCUCUACCAGAUGGUCUUUCCAUUCUCAGCCACAGAUUCAACACUUGCAAGCCCCUAAACGAGGCUUAUGAAUUGAUGGAGGACCUUAGGUUAAUGUAUGUUUAUGCGGCUCAAUACAAUCAUCCACCAAGAUAUCCAGUUAAUGUGAUUUGUGGUGGCAUUGAUGGAGCUUCUUUUGGAAGAGAUAUAUUGAGUAAGAUAUUUGCAGGUGUUGUGGCUUACAAGGGAAACACCUCAUGCAAAGUUAAUGCUCCUACUAAUGCAUCUGAAACAACUGUAGGAUGGAAAUGGCAGACAUGUAGUGAAAUGGUAAUACCCAUCGGCAUAGGAAACGAUUCAAUGUUCGAACCUAUUCCUUUCAGCUUAAAGAGCUUUGCCAAAGCCUGCAAGAAACAAUUUGGUGUCUCACCUCGCCCUCACUGGAUCACUACUUACUAUGGUGGCCAUAACAUAAAAUUAGUGCUUCAAAGAUUUGGAAGCAACAUAAUUUUCUCCAAUGGCCUAAGAGACCCUUAUAGUAGUGGCGGGGUUCUGGAGAACAUAUCAGACAAUCUUCUUGCCGUUCAUACAGUUAAUGGAUCUCAUUGCCUGGAUAUUCUGCGUGCAAAUCAAAGCGAUCCUGAAUGGUUGGUUGAACAACGAAAGAAAGAGAUAAAGAUUAUGAAGGAGUGGAUCGCCCAAUACUAUGCUGAUUUUGAUGCUCUCAAGGGCACACAUAAAUAAGUUGACUUGCCCCUAAGGGGAUAUGCUCUCAAACUCUGUUGCACCCACCAUUAAUUUACUAAAAACCUUUCAUUAAUAAUGAUUGAUGGCCCUCUUAAUUAAAGUUAAGAAAUAAAUUUAAUACGAUUAAUUUUGAUUUAUAAAAUG